CGUUGGAUAUUUAGGCACACUACGAAUACAUAAUACUCACACCACGAGCACAGCACGUAUACGAUACUUAACACCUCGAGUUCUUACACUUGCGGUUUGUGUGGAGUCUCGCAUUGUUAGUAACGUGAAAAUUUAAUGUAAGAAAGAAUAAAACCGAAUUUCAACUAUAAAAAUGGUACGGCAGUGUUGUAUAUGCAAAGCAGAGUCCUCAAUACAUGUAGACAUUUCUCUACAUCGUUUACCUAGAGAUGAAGCAACAAAGCAACAGUGGUUCUUAAACAUAGGUCGGGAGGUUAAAAAUUGUAGUGCAGUUUGCAGUCAGCAUUUCAACGACGAUGAUUUUGAAUAUAAAAUUUAUGGCGACAACGUAAGAAGGUAUUUGAAGGCUACAGCUGUUCCAUGUUUGUCACGUACUGAGAUUGAUAGUGAAAAUGUAGGUAGCCUGAAAAUUGAACACACAAUGUCUUGUCAUGGGGAAUCCGUUGUAUUGCCUCUCCCAAAUUCUGAUAUUAUAUGGCCAUCAAUGCUAAUCAAGUCAGAAGAUCUCUCCGAUGCUGAGGAAUUUAGUCAAGAAGGCGACCAGAAUUCUGAAUGCUCAACAUUUUUAAAUCCAAGAAUUUCCGCUGAUGAAAGUCAUUCGGAUCAGAAUUUUACAAAGUUAAUAAAUGCUGAGAAUUUAAUGGAUAUUGAUAACAAUCAUAACUCUGAAGAAACUGCAAACACAGAAAACCGACAAAAGUAUACAGCUUCUAUAGGGGCCACGAUCAAAAGGACACUUGAUGAAUCUCAUGCUACAGUAGGUCGGAAGCGCAUUUUUAAUGCAAGGUAUGUUGGAGAUUUGCAGCGAAAAGAUUUUACAUCUGAUAUUAGCUGGAAUAUAUUUAAAAAUUACAUGGAAAACACCAGGAGAAAGCAGAGGAUGUUAACUCAAAAAGUUCGAAGAUUCAAAUUGAAAAUAGAGAAUUUACAAACUUUGUUAGAGCAUGUAAAAGAAAUUGGACAUCUCUCGAAUGAAGGUUGUAAAGCACUAGACAAAUUAUUUUAAUAGUUUGCCGUUCUAAUCAAGAUCUUCUUUUAAAAUGAACAAGCUGUUGAUUGAUUUGGUGAAAAUAGUUACCAUUGUGACAUCCCUUAAUUUAAUUGAAUUACUGUACACACCUUUGUGCUUUCCUUUCAUUUACUGUUUUCUACGUCCCCUAUGCUACAAUACAAAGUGAACUAGAAAUACUUUUUCUGAGUUCAAUCUUUCCAUUUCUACAAGGAUUUGAAAACAUUGAUGCAACACCUGAAUUUUGCAGAAAAAUGAAUGACAUAUUCGAGUUUUCAAAUUCAUUAAGAAAGUUCGUUAAAAACGAAUUCCAGAAAUGUAUGAGUAUUAACCCUAAUCACUUACACCUAUGGAAACUUCCCACAUUACUUACACGAGGUUACCCAGACCCCAGCGAACUUUGGAUCAUUAUUACUGUACACAAUAUUACGUUACGCACAGUUACGACUUGAACAAAAUUCUGAGACAAAAUUUGACAUUUAAGAAAUAGACUGCAAUCUUAGAUUUAGCAAAAGAGAAUGGAGGAUGUGGGAGAAAUUCCUGAAGCAAAAAAAGCAAAACAAUAUGCAAUGCAUAUGUUGGGGUCUCUGAAACACCAAAGUUUCUUCAAUCAUUCCUCAUUUUACUUGCACAAACAACCCUGAUUCAAGCACGCUGACUUUAAAAUUGUACGUUAAAGUCAGCUCGGGGGUCAACCGGACCCCAUGUAGGUGACUAGGAUUAAGAAUAUAAUGAAAUGCAAAUAAAUGCUCGUGAGUGUACUGAUUAUGUAAAAUCAUUACACAAUAUCAAAAACUGCACGAAAAUUUUGAUUUUGGGAAUUGAUUGUUUUUACUGUAAAAAUUUACUAGACUUGCUGAGUUUCUGUUCAAUGAACAAUACGCGACGUUUUUGUUGACAUAUAAAUUGAGUCAAAACAAAGUCGAGUCAUCUGGAAACGUUUUUUCAUGUAUAAGACAAAUGGGUGGCUUUAACAACAAUCUAACCUGCUGUCAAUUUAGAUCUGAUCAUAAGAAAAUGGUUACAUACGUAAACUCCAUUGUACCCAAUAAAGCUAGUUGUACCAUGAACAAUGAUACUGUCAUGUUGAAGUUGGAAAAUAAUAUCAGUAAUUGUAAUGUCGAUAAUAUUUGUAAUAACAUAUUUGACCACGAUUAUAUAAAAGACAAUUGGAGUUUCAGUGAAUAUAUUCAUGGUAUUGUUAUUUAUAUUGCCAGAUCCAUUGUGCGUACUAUGAAAAAUGUAAUAAAAUGUCAAAUGUGUCCAGAGCAGUUGGAAUGCGAAACGAUAUCAGCAUCGUUGAUUCAAUGAAAAGAUAGCUCACUUUCCCAAAAAGAAGUCAAAGGGCUUACAAGUACAUCCCAAAAAGAAAAGAGUGAUUUAAUUUCUCCCAGCAAAGAUGUCAUCAGUAUUUUUAAAACUGCUGAAAAAGUAUUAAGGAUGACGCCAAACUUAUUGUCAAUGAAAAACGUUUUACAGAAAGUCAAGAUUCAUACUGAAAAAUUGUUAAUUCCAUUGAAUUUAUUUGUGCAUAUUAAUAUGUUUACGGAAAGUACAGUUCUGACAACUCUUGAAAUUGAUUUGAUCGAUAACAUAUUAGACGUUUUCAUAACCGUGUAUUAUCUUUUAGUAACUAGCGAAACAAAAAGUUACUUGUCUUAUUUUGUAUCGCUCAUUUCCAUUACUUCUUAUCCAUAGAUAUCAUAAUAUAUUGAAUGUUUCGAUUGUAUGUUGGCAUCAUUAUGCAUCAGUUUCAGUUGUUGGAAGCAAUUUUUCUAUUUGUAUUGUAUAUUACAAUAAGUCUUUGUUCAAAGUUGGUUCAAACUUUUCUAUAUAAAAUUAAAUAAACAUCUUCAA